UCUCAUGAAUCUUAUCUUCAGUGUAAUUAUUGUUUUCUGUCGAAAAUAUAUUGGUAGUUCAAUACGAAUUUUUACCCCAAAAUUUCAUGUUCUGUCACAUUGACUUAUGUCUAUUAAAACUUAAAUAAUAAAAAUAUUAAAGAUAUUUUGACUAUCAAAUCACGAAAUUAGUUCACAUAAUCGAGAAAUAUUUUACAGUAGCAGGACUCUUCGUCUCUUCCAGUUUUAGUAGUAUAAGAGGUCAUUGAAGGUUACUUGAUUUAAAUGUCUGUAUGGAAUUUCUAGUUUGAGAACAUUACUAUUCGAAAAUUAAGAAUAUUUAAAGGUGGUUUAGAAUGUUCAGAAGAUUACGCCAAUUUUUAGUAUGAGGUGGAUCACUCAUUUAGAAGGGGGGCCAAAAAGAGUUAAUCAUGCUGCUGUAUCUGUGGGACAUAAAGUUUAUUCCUUUGGAGGAUACUGCACUGGAGAAAAUUCCCGGGAGUACACUUCUAUGGAUGUUCAUGUUCUAAAUACAACAACAUUCAGAUGGACUAAACACCCUGUUAGUGAUCUUCCGUACUUCGAAAAUGACGAUAUCCUUCCGUAUAAACGAUAUGGUCACACAGCAGUAGUUUAUGGUGAUAAGAUUUAUAUAUGGGGUGGACGCAAUGAUAGGGCAUCAUGUGCUGUUUUGUUCUGUUUUGAUACAAUCUGGCAUUGUUGGACAGCCCCUAAUGUAACAGGAAAUAUCCCUUUGGCUAGAGAUGGACAUACAGCAUGUGUAUGGAACAACUGCAUGUACAUUUUUGGGGGCUAUGAAGAAGCAUCCGAUGCUUUUGCUCGAACAGUCUUCUAUUUAGAUUUGACAAGAAUGCAUUGGAGAUAUGUGUGUACUACUGGAAUGGAACCUUCUGUCCGAGACUUUCACACAACUGUUUGUAUAAAGAACAGGAUCUAUCUCUUCGGAGGGAGAGGUACUUCUUAUAUGAAUUCUUUUACAAACAUCAUUGAAACAUAUUCCAAUGUUCUUUGGUAUUUUGAUUUAACAACCUUCACCUGGCAUAAACCUGAUGUCACUGGUGAUAUUCCUUGUGGAAGAAGAAGUCACUCAGCAUUUGUUUACGAUGAUAAAAUGUAUAUAUUUGGUGGAUACAAUGCAAUAGAAGGUAAACAUUUCAAUGAUUUAUAUGAAUUCGAUCCGAGUAUAUUACGAUGGAGGAAAAUCGAAGCUCCUGGAGAGGAACCUUGUGAAAGACGCAGACAAGCUUGUGUUCUUGUAGGAAAUAGGGUAUUUCUCUUUGGUGGAACAAGUCCUUUGCCGAACUUCUGUGAAAACGGUCAAGACAUAGAAGAUAGACUUAUUGACCAUAGUGAUAUGUUAAUACUGGAUUUUGCUCCAAGUUUAAGAACCUUGUGUAUGGUCGCUAUUAGAAAAUAUGGACUCAAUGAUGCAGUUUUACCCCAAAAUUUGAAAAUGGACCUAAAAAAUAUGUUCUCUCCAAAUAAAAUAAGUCUAAUCAGGCCUAGCAAUUCAGCUGGAUAAUUGCUCAAUACAGGUGUUCUUCAAGAAUAACGGAAGUUGUCAUAUAAAUAAAACUACUAUCUGAGUUGUGAGAAACCCCAUUCAAUUGACCUUUGAAAAAGUUUGAUAGUACUUGUAACUACCUUCAAUUUUUCUGUCAUGAUAUACUGAAGCUUUUGAAAUAAAUUUUCAAAAAAUCAAGUAUUCUUAUCAAAAAGUUAAUUUGAGUUUGAAAAUUCGUAUAUAACAUGACUGUAAGGAAUAAAUAUUUUAAGAAAUUCAGGAUGUACUUAUUCACCUUUUGCUACAUGAAUACAAGUAAACUGACAACAAUCCAUUUAUCAAUUUAUGUACAAAAACUAAACAAUUGAAAAAAAUAUUUUUGUUUUUAGUUAUAUGUAUGUUAUAAAGUUAUAUCUAUAUUAUAUAUGAUUAUAUAUUUAGUAUAUUCCAGUGAAGCUUAUGUUGAAAUCAUUGAAUUGAAGAAGUGAGCUACAGUUUCCAAAAUGCAUAAUAAGACCCUCUUGCUCAUAGAGCGAAAUGUGAGUUUAUAUGUCCUGAAUUUCUUAUAUGUAAAGUCCAUUGUGCGAAUAAUAGACUAUUUCUCCCGAAGAAAUAAUUCAUUUGAAUUGGUAGUCAAAAUCCAAUAGGUCUCUCAAAUACGAUGUGAAUAACUCGGUGCCUACAUUCUCAGUUUGUUUUAAUAGGAAUGUUUAAAUAGAUAUUUUCUUGUAAUACAUAAUUUAUUUUAUUUAGUAACUGUCAUUGCAGUAUUUAUUUAUUCUCAAUGAAAUUGUAGAAUGGAGUCAUUCAUAUUGUAAUAGCUCUACGAUGAUAUGUCCAUUUAUAUUACAUUUGUACAUUAAUAUAUUUUAAUAAAAUCACUUGUGAAGAGUUAAA